AUAUGGCCAACUCUUUUAUUCCUUCAAUAACAACCCCUGCCUUAAUUCUUUUGCUCCUUCACUUCUCUUCACUCAUCAAUCUGUCUGCAAAACAUGGUCACCCUCAUCAUAGUCAUGGCCAUUCAUUUGUAACAAAUCACAAGCUCCAACAAGCUUAUAUAAGCCUUCAAGCAUGGAAACGAGUAAUAUACUCAGAUCCAAAUAACUUCACGUCGAACUGGAUUGGCCCCAAUGUGUGUAACUACCAUGGAAUAUACUGUUCUUUUCUUCCCAACAGCACCAGUAUCCAAGUUGUGGCCGGCAUUGAUCUCAACCAUGGUGACAUAGCCGGAUUCCUUCCCAAUGAGCUCGGGUUGCUCUCUGACCUCGCUCUUAUUCACUUAAACAGCAAUCGUUUCUGUGGCAUCCUCCCAUUAUCUUUAUCUAAUUUAACGCUACUGUAUGAGCUUGACCUCAGUAACAACAGAUUUGUCGGGGUUUUCCCUUCUGUUGUCCUUUCUCUACCUAGCUUAAGAUUUCUUGAUCUUCGUUUCAACGAGUUUGAAGGGCCACUGCCAUCUCAAAUCUUUGGCAGAAAUUUCGAUGCCAUAUUUGUGAAUAACAAUCGGUUAACUUCUGUGAUCCCCUCAAAUGUCAGCGUCAGCACAGCUUCUGUUGUUGUGUUUGCUAAUAACAACUUGGGAGGGUGCAUUCCACCAAGCAUUGCCAGCUUAGCUAAUACUUUAGAGGAACUGGUACUGAUAAACACAAAUAUAUCAGGGUGCUUAACACCUGAAGUUGGGUUUCUUUAUAAACUCAGAGUAUUAGACUUGAGCUAUAACAAGUUAAUUGGUCCUAUUCCUUACACACUCUCCGGAUUAGAGCACUUGGAGCAGCUAAACUUGGCACAUAACAUGAUGAGUGAAAAUGUGCCAGAAGGGAUAUGUGUUCUGCCUAGUCUUGCUAAUUUCACACUUUCAUACAACUUUUUCUCUGAAGAGGAAGGAGUUUGCAGGAACUUGACUUCGAAAGGAGUGGUUCUUGAUGAUCGUAGAAACUGUUUGAAAGACAAACCUCUUCAGAGAAGUAAGAAGGAUUGUGAUCCAGUGGUUGAGCAUCCUGUUGAUUGCUUUGAGCUUCACUGUGGCGAUUUCUAGUGGGACAUUCUGUUGACUCUCUUAGGCUCUACACCUGUACAUAUUACCACAGUAAGAAUUCUGUAAAAUAAAGAGUAACAAGAUGGCCUGAUGGGAAGUCACUUUUCGCUCGCUUUGUACAUAUUUUCUAACAUGAACUGUACAUCAGUUCAUACAGUCAUUUCUGUAUUUAGCAUGCAUUAUCUCGUUCUCAUCCAAAAGCCCUUGAAUGAAUGAUUUUACUUCAGUAUAUUCAAUCAGACAAUUCAUUGCGUUGGAUUUUUGCAAUUGCUCUUUUAUACAAGUAUACAACAAAAACUUAUAGUGAACUCAUAUCAUCUAGUUCAUCCAUAUUCUCCGCGAGCUCUUCAAUCAAAACAUUUGUUGAUUCUCAUUCCUUUCUUCAUAAAU